AUCAUAACACAAGAAAUGGUUAAAACUCCAAAAAAGAACAAGAAAGAUAUGGGUACUAACGAAGAGGAAGAGGAAGUCGAAGAAGACAAUAAGGAGGCGACGAUAAUCACACCGAAGCUUCAACAUGUCUUAGCCGCGAAAUCGAGAAGGUUACAGCACAUGUCAUCACCAGUAGUAAAAAACCACGUGUCACUAUCACACUUGAUGUCUUCCCCUGAACCUGAUGACUCAAUCUCUCGAGCUUCGGUUCCUUUCUCCUGGGAAGAAAAGCCUGGCAAACCUAAACACCAUACUCGUCAUCCUUCUUACACCAAGUGUCUUGAUUUGCCUCCGAGAAUGUUCCUUCCUGGUGAAUUCGCCAAAAUGCAUCUGACAGCGAGCCAUCGUCGUCGUCUCGCCGGGUGGAAACGGUGGUUCCGGUGGAAGAAAGAGAGAGAUGGUGAAGGCUAUGUGGCCGGAAAGGGUACAUUCGUCUAUCCAUCGGAAGAUGAAGAUGAUAUGAAGAUGUACACAAGAACAGGAGGUCUCCACUGUUUCUCUUACGUCACUACUUGCUUCUGAGUAAAAUAACUUUAUAUAUGUCUUAAAAUGGUAUCAUGUCUUGUCCAAGAAGAAACCAUAGAUUCCACGUGUUGUUUUGUUUUGCAAAGAGGUUCCAUUUCCAUGGAACAACGAACAACAAGCUAAAAAAAAGAAGAAGAUUGCUUUUCGAGGGAAAUAUGUAUGUUUUAUAAAUCGUACUAGGGUCAUAAAAUAAUAAUAAUACGUCGUCUUUUACUUGUACGAA